AUGCUGGCGCGCCAUAUACGACUCUCUCUCAAGGAUGGUCACGGCCAUUCAUAUGUGGCUGCAAACAACCCAUCCUCGGUGACCGAGCCAGAUGGUGAAUCUCACGACUCUCUUGAAACUCGAGAGCUUUCUUCAUCCUGCCCACCUGCUGUCCAAGUUGGCGACGAGGGCCUGUCAGCCCAACUAGACCUCGCGGGCCACUCAGCUAGCAUGGGUUCCAUCCAAAAUUUGCCAUGGAACGAAGACGAUGCUCUAGACUUUCUCUGGGACGACUCGUUCCCAUUUUCGGAGGUUCUGCCCGCAAGGUUCUUUGACACGAAUCUCUCUUUGGUUGAUAUUUCUCAGCAAUAUCAGAAUUCUCACCUAGGGUUUGAAGAGACAUCACAGACAAUUGACCAAAGACGCCCAGUCACCGAUAGCAGUCUGCGUUCAAGCGCAGCACAUAUUUCAGCAGCUCCAAUACGGCCAUCUUUUCCCGAACCGCAGCACCUUUUCAUAGAAUCAGAUACAACCCGCGAAGCUCCUUUGAUAGCCGCUGUUGACGAAAUAGACCCUUCUCAAAACCGUCAAUUGAAAGGCAACUUUGACCCUUCUAUAUGCCCUUGGAAAAUAGCGCCCUCGGAUUACGCAACGUUCUCCCAGGACAUCAAGGAGCUCAGCCAUUUGCUUCCUGAAUCGUUCUGUCUGCCGUCACGGCAUACUUUGUCUCGCUUCUUAGAGGGAUAUUUUCGUGGCUUUCACGAUCACAUGCCAUUCAUACAUAUUCCCUCCUUCUCUCUACUGUCACACGGACCGGAGCUCAUUUUAUCAUUGGCUGCGGUAGGGGCGUUCUAUCGCUUUGAAAAUGCAAAGGGGUAUACGAUUUAUCAUGCUGCACGAACACUCAUCAAUCGGCGUCUGGAACAACGCGACAGGUACACAGUUUCAAAUUUGACGAAGGCUUCCCCUGGCUUUGCAGGUACUUCGAGUACACACGAUGGACCGCAGAGUUUCGCUACCAGCAAUGAAAACGAGAUAUCCCAGACUUGCUCUCCUGAAAACGAAAAGCGCAAUUCUUUACGUUUGUUGCAAGGGCUUAUCGUUUUGAUGACAUUGGCAUCGUGGGGUGAUCGUUCUGUUAUAGGAGACUCACUCGCAAUGUCCGGCCAAGUCGCCUUGCUAGUACGUGAGCUCGGCAUAUCUGCAUCUGGCCCGGGCCACGAAACAUCCUCCUGGCAAAAAUGGGUCGAGCAGGAGGAACACCGCAGAACGUUAUGGGUGGCUUAUUAUCAGUUCAACUUGCAAAGCAUCGCCUUUAAUGUGCCACCAAUGAUUCUGAACCAGGAAGUACUGUUGACACUGCCAGCUUGCGGAGAAGAAUGGAAAGCACGCGAUGCUCAAGAAUGGACACGCAUGCGAACUUUUCAUACGCCCGAUUCAAGGAACUUCCAGCACGUUUUGGGACAACUCUAUCAAGGCCAUCAGAUCCACAAGCCAAACGCAAUUUCUGCCUUUGCAAAUUAUGUUCUCAUCCACGGCUUACUGCAAGAGAUCUUCUUUGCCCGCAAUACAGCUUCUUUCGAGGAACACAAGAGAUCUCUCCUAGCAGGCUUUGUACAAACAAUGGAAUCUGCGCUGCAGGCAUGGCAGAAUUCCUGGGAAGCCACCUACGAAUCAACUCUCGAUCCUUUAUCACCCCGAGGACCCCUAGGAUUCAACGCGACGGCGCUUGUGCGCUUGGCAUAUAUUCGUCUCAAUUCCAAUAUAGGGCCCCAUCGCCAGCUAAAUACUCGGAAUCCUACGGCGAUAGCGCAUGCGCUCCUCGAUGGUAGGACUGCGGUCUACCAACGAUCUCCAUAUCUUGAUCGUGCCGUUCUCCAAUGCAUUCAUGCAUUGAGUAUCCCAGUUCGCUCGGGGAUACAUUUCGUUGCACGCACUAAACUACUGAAUUGGAGUAUGCAGCAUUCGCUCUGCAGCCUUGAAUGUGCAUUUCUUCUCAAUCACUGGUUGCAAGAGAUCGCCCUUUGUAUCGAAAGGUCAGGGGUUGAAUCAAUACGCGAUGACGAGCGCAAGCUUCUUCGUAUACUAUAUUGCCUUGUUCGAGAAGCCGACCUCACUGAACUCCCAGAUUGGGCGGAUGACAAUGCGAGUGCUGUUCGUCGUUUGGCAGCAUGCACCGCUAGACUUUGGGCCGAAACCUUCAAGGGAUUUCAUAUUUUCCAGAUUUCUGACGUGAUUGGAGAGAGUCUCGAAAUUAUUGCAGGUAUUCUUGAGGUGCGGGUAACACCUUCUACUUAA